AGGAACUUGGCUUUAAAACCGAAUCCAUAACGAAGACAGAGCUAAUUGAACUCAUAAGGGUUUUCUUUUGUCUCAAAAUUAAGGCUUCAAAGAAACACAUCAUUUGUUUCUGUGUCGAAUCCAAUGGCCAACACUCUCUUCCAUCUACUUGUGAUCUUCUUGAGUCUAUCUCCUUUCUUCAUGAUCUCCCCCUCCAAUGCUUCUAGGGUUGGGAGCUUUAUCGAACGAACCAAUAACGUUUAUUAUCAACCUCAACAAGAUACGCUUCUGGGAGUGAAGGAGAAAAGAAGAGAAGAAGAGGAGCAUGGGGAGAGGAUGAUGGUGGAGCUCGAUGAUUAUCCUGGUUCAGGUGCCAACAACCGCCAUGUUCCUCGCCAACAGUUCGGUAGAGGCUGUAUCGACUGUUGAAAUCAAGAGACUCUUAAUUUAAAUGAAAAAUGUAUGUCCAAUUAUUUAUAACCAGUCACUAGAUAUAUAACAUAACUUUUCUUUAAUUCCUAAGAGAAAAAAAUAAGCCAUGUAUUGUGGUUGUCAUGUAGAUGAUCCAUGUUCUGAUAUGAAUACACUACAUACACAUGGAUCGAUGUAUCAUAUAUGUAUGGGCGAAGAGAUUUAUAUCCGAUCUUAAUAUAAGAUAAUUAACGUGUGCGGACCAAACCGUGCAUAUAUCA